GGCGGCUUCCUUGCUUUCCUGAGAGUGGCCCCGCUCCUCUUUCCUCUGCCCCGGCAACCAUGCACACUGCUUCUUCCCUUCGACGACGUCCAGAGGCGGGAGUGUGACCCCGCUGUCAGGUGAAGAGAGAUAACUUGCUCAAGGGUGUGACUUAGCUUUCAGUCAAAGGCAUUGGAGUAGUUUGUGGUACUGUAGGAAUUCUUCAGCAUUUGCCUCAUGAAGUCCCUCCAGGUCUUACUUCUGUGCUUCCUAUUGCUGUCCACUGCAUUCGGUGGCACUUAUACUGAUUUUGCAAGUUUUACAUGUAACAAGACGAUUACUGCAGAAAUUGGACAAAAUGUUACCAUUACAUGCAUGAACAACGAAGAAAUUUCAGACGUGACAGUGAAUUUCUGCUGUAACUCUACAAGCUGUCCUAAUACAAUUAGCAUCACCAAACCAGAAAACAUCACCACUGCAGAGAAUGGAAGAAUUUCACUGAAGAGGAAUAUUACUUCUGUUUACCUCCAUAUCAACAAUGUACAAAUAACUGAUCAUAGAAAUUAUGGCUUUAUACUUCAUGCUGUCAAUGGUCAUGAAUCAAAGAAUAUAUCUCUAGUGAUUCAUGAACAAUAUACUAAACCUCAGAUCACAAAGCAGAAUGACACCUUUGUAUGCAAAACAUAUGGAAGGGAUCCAAAAGGGCAGCUCUAUUGGUUUGAUACUCAUGGAACCAACCUGACUCACAAUUCAGUACUUGACCCCAGCAUAGCUGAGGGCUGUUCAUUCUCUCUCUCCAGUACUCUCCUGCUGAAAUCAGAUGUCAAUAAAGAACUACUUUGCUGUACUCCUAACAACACAACAUGCUCUGUUCCAUUCCUAGUUCAACUUCAUAAUGACACUGGUGAAAUGACACCUGAAGGUCUCAUAGCUGAAAAGUCCACAAUCAUUCCAAUUGUUAUGGUGACAUUUUUUGUACUACUUAUAGCACUUUUGUGCUGGAAAAUGAAGAAAGGUCCCAUUAAUGUUCACUGGCCAAAACGACUAAAUGCUUUUCACCAACCAACAUUGUUCAAACUUGUUCCUAAUGGAAGAGAACCAAUUCCACAGAAAGCUCAAUGUGGUAAUGACAGAAAUGCUUCUUGAUCAGAUUUUAGUAAAAAUGUGAAUACGAAUACUAACUUGGAAAGAGUAGCACAACAAUUCAAAAAGGCCACAAAGGCAAGAAUUUAGUAUGACCAACCAUCUGCUCUUCAAGGCUCUUGCACCUCUUUCCUACACAUGCUCCCCCGCAACUUUGGAUGGAAGAAACAACCUGCUAAUGUGACUAGAACUACACUCCUUUCCAUAUCUAGCACUAUACAAGAUGCAUUUCUUCAAGCUUUGGAUUGAAGUUUCCUUAAGAGACCUUCUUGAAACCACUGUGAAUGCAUUCUAGCAAUGCAGCAACAGAGUAGUGUGAGCCACUGUUUACUACUAUGUACUGUACUAUUGUUGGUAUGUUUUGUUUUUAAUCUUUCUUAUUUUGUAUGUUUUCUGUAUGGCCUACAGCCGCAAUAAAUUGAAUUGAAUUGAAUGAUGCAGGGGGAAUUGAUGUCAUAAAUAUGUGUCAUUGUUAUUCCAUAAUAUGUUACCUACUUGUCAUUGUAUUUUGAAGGGGGAAAUGACACACACACACACACACACACACACACACACACACACACACACACACUAAAGCUAAGCUCUAGCCCUUUUAGAAGUGUAGUUAAGGAGCAAAACAUGUGAUCACUAUUUUGUUCAACCACUGGGCUUAGACAAAGGCAGCUGAAGCCCAGGAAGUUGGCUCGGGGAAGAUCACACAAUAAGUCAUCCCCCUGAGGCACGUUGCUUUUGUUCUUUGUCAGCAGAGGAUCUCUAAAGGGCAGUUGAGGGGCUAGCUUGAUUUUGAUGUAAAUCUUUCCCUACCUGUGUAUUGUAAUGUUUAAGGUUUUUGAUUUUAUGGUGCAAUCUAUUCUAUGCAUGCCUACUUAGAAGUAAGUACCAUUGGUUUCAAUCAGAUUUUCUCCCAAAUAAGUAUGUAUAGGAUUGCAGCCUUAACUGAAAAGUUCAGUGUAUUUUUUGUUCUAUUGCAGCUAUUAGUAUCUCAGACUUAGUGUAGUCUUCAUUUAUUUUCUAUAGAUAUUAUUUUGUAGUUCUGGGUUUUUAAAAUUUUGCUUUAAGCCACCAUCAAUUAUCCCUGCCCCCUGUUCUUUUCCAGCCUAUAGUAGUAUUCUAACUCAAAAGGAGUAAUUUUGGUGUUAUAUUUUAUGUACUUAUCUCAGGAUGUAAAUGGUGACUGUGACAAUACUCAAGCAUGAAAGCCUUUAUCCCUAGCACAAGUUUUGUAGGGCACAUUGUAGAAUUUAGUGGUGAUAAAAAUGCCCUCAGCACUCCUCCUCAGCAUGAGCUUUGAUCUGGUAUCUUCACCAAUCUUAUCUAGCAUACGAACAUAGGAAACUGCCAUAUACUGAGUCAGACCAUUGGUCUAUCUAGCUCAGUAUUGUCUUCACAGACUGGCAGUGGCUUCUCCAAGGUUGCAGGCAGGAAUCUCUCUCACUCAGCCCUAUCUUGGAGAAGCCAGGGAGGGAACUUGAAACUUUCUGCUCUUCCCAGAGCAGCUUCAUCCCCUGAGGGAAAUAUCUUGCAGUGCUCACACAUCAAGUCUCCCAUUCAUAUGCAACCAGGGCAGACCCUGCUUAGCUAUGGGGAUAAGUCAUGCUUGCUACCACAAGACCAGCUCUCCUCUCCCAUCUUCACCUCCACCAAUAAAUGGCAUAUUUAAAUUAGCAUAUUUAAUCCAAUAAAUAAGCUUACUCAAGUACUGGAAAAUGGAGUGGGGUGGUGGUCUGCAAUUGGUGAAGAAUCCAUGACAGCACUACACACAGCUAAUUAGACAAGGUUAAAAGCUGGACUUAUAUAUCAUAAAGUGUUGGGAUAUAAAGUUAGGGCGUUUAAUGGUCAGGUAAAGAGAUCCUCCCCAACUAUUGUUGGCAGAUACCCAGGCAAAUCCAAGUCAACUGGACAGAGCAUAUGUUGUAAAAUGCAAAUUAGGGAGCCUGGAUUUGAAGAGCCUGAAUAUGGCAACCCUAGAGCAAGGGUCUUUUCUGCCCUGGGAAAGGAGAGGGAGACUUUCAGGGAAGCCACAUCUGAAGCAACAACCAUAGUCCACGUAAUGCUGGGAAGCACAAAACUGCUUCCUAUAUGGCUUCCUAAGGUUUCUAAUGGAGUCAGAAAUGAUGCUGUCAUGGAUCAUUGAAGUUUGAAUCAUGAACUUUGAAUCAUGGACUGACCAGGCAGUCAGACAGCCAUAGACUUUUAAAGAUACAGUACUUCUGAAAUAAGUACUUUAAAAGAAGUUUUAAGAUGGAGCCAGUCUCUUUUGAUUAGAAGCAUUACCUUUUGGAUUAUAUUGUAUCCUUUUAAGCAUAUUUUUGAGAUGCCAGGAAGCGCUGAAGAGUCAUCUUUUGUGUGCAAGCUAGCCUUUUGGGGUCAGGAGAGAGAGUUUACUAAACCUUGAUUGGUUAUUAAUUAUUUUUGAGUGUUUUUUUUUUAAGAUAAUCUGUUUUAAUCUAUAUAUUAUCUUUUGAUGCAAGCCAUUUGAUGAUGGCAAGAUAUUUUUUUAUGCAAGCCUUUUCAUUGUAAAAUUUGUACUUUA